UUCCGGGCCGGAAUUGAUUCGUCCGUUGCCGUCGUCGUUCUACUCUCACCUCCUCCUCCCCCUCCAGUUCGUGAAUAAAAUUUGCGGAAAGUUUGCUUUUAUCUACGACCACACUGCAGCAUUUGAAGGCCGACCAGCUGAAAUGGUGUUUAAAGUGACUGUCAACAAUGCCUGGAGGGCAACGAGGACGCUGUGGCUGCUCGUCCUAGUGAGUCUGUCCGUAUGCAUCUGUGUUUGCCGAGCAUCAUCACCUCAGGAAGACAGUGCCAUGGAGAACAUCGACACAGAGAAAAAGGCUGAGGAGAGCCACAGGCAGGACAGCGCAGACCUACUCAUCUUCAUCAUGCUCCUCACCCUCACCAUCCUGACCAUCUGGUUGUUCAAACACCGGCGGUUCAGGUUUCUGCACGAAACCGGACUGGCAAUGAUUUAUGGCUUACUUGUUGGCGUGGUCUUGCGCUACGGCAUCCAUGUUCCUCGGGACAUCAGCAAUGUUACGAUGAGCUGCCACGUUAAUGCCAGCCCUGCCACUCUGCUGAUCAACGUCAGUGGCAAAUUCUAUGAGUACACUCUGAAAGGAGAGAUCAAUGCCAACGCAGUGGGCGACGUGCAAGAUAAUGAGAUGCUGCGAAAGGUGACCUUUGACCCUGAAGUGUUCUUCAAUAUUCUCCUACCACCUAUCAUCUUCCAUGCUGGUUACAGCUUGAAAAGGAGACACUUUUUCCUUAACAUGGGAUCGAUCCUGGCUUACGCCUUUCUGGGAACAGUUGUUUCUUGUUUUGUUAUUGGGCUGCUGAUGUACGGCUGCGUGGUGCUAAUGAAGCAGGUGGGACAGCUGGGUGGAGACUUCUUCUUCACAGAUUGCCUCUUCUUUGGUGCCAUUGUCUCUGCCACAGACCCUGUGACAGUGCUGGCUAUCUUCAAUGAGCUGCAGGUAGACGUGGAUCUGUAUGCCUUGCUGUUUGGAGAGAGUGUGCUCAACGAUGCAGUGGCCUUGGUGCUUUCCUCAAUUAUAAGUAAUAAUAGCAAGCACAGUGGAGGGGCCCAGCCCUGCGGAGAGACUCUGACCGGCCCAUUGAACGGGUCUAUAGUUGCAUACCAGCCAGAAGGAAACAACAGUCACACCUUUGAGGUCAUGGCAAUGCUGAACUCUUUUGGGGUUUUCCUUGGAGUUUUCAGCGGCUCCUUUGCUCUGGGAGUGGCCACCGGAGUUGUCACCGCACUCGUGACUAAGUUCACUAAGCUGAGGGAUUUCCAGCUGUUGGAGACGGCUCUGUUCUUCCUCAUGUCAUGGAGCACAUUCCUGCUGGCUGAGGCCUGUGGUUCUACAGGCGUGGUCGCAGUGCUAUUCUGUGGAAUCACUCAGGCCCACUAUACCUACAACAACCUGUCUCCUGAGUCCCAGGACAGGACCAAGCAGCUGUUUGAACUGUUAAAUUUCCUGGCAGAGAACUUCAUUUUCUCCUACAUGGGUUUGACCCUGUUCACCUUCCAGAGCCAUGUCUUCAAUCCCAUGUUCAUCGUUGGAGCUUUUCUGGCAGUGUUCCUUGGAAGAGCUGCUAACAUCUACCCUCUCUCGUUCCUUCUGAAUCUGGGACGACGCAACAAGAUCAGAUCCAACUUCCAGCACAUGAUGAUGUUUGCAGGACUGCGAGGCGCGAUGACCUUCGCCCUGUCCAUCAGGGACACGGCGACAUACGCUCGCCAGAUGAUGUUUUCCACCACUCUGCUCGUGGUCUUCUUUACCGUUUGGAUUUGUGGAGGUGGCACCACUCAGAUGCUCUCCUGCCAGCAUAUCCGUGUGGGGGUGGACUCUGAUCAAGAUAACUCAAUGAGUGUCGUUGAAGGCUCAGAGAGAAGAAGCACCAAACAAGAAAGUGCCUGGCUUUUCAGAAUUUGGUACAACUUCGACCACAACUACCUGAAGCCCAUCCUGACUCACAGCGGCCCCCCUCUCACGGCCACGCUGCCUCCCUGCUGCGGCCCCCUCGCCCGCUUCCUCACCAGUCCUCAGGCCUAUGAGAAUGAGUGCCAGCUCAAAGAUGACGACUCUGACCUCAUCCUGAACGACGGCGAUAUCAGCCUGACCUAUGGCGACAUUACCGUCAGUACAGAUGCCACAGGCGCCCACACCAGCGGCGGCCCAGGCUUUGCUGGUGCUGCCUCCUUUGAUGACUUGGACAGAGAGUUGGCUUAUGGCGAUCAUGAGCUCGUGAUGAGGGGCACACGUCUGGUGCUGCCCAUGGAUGACUCAGAGCCGCCAUUUACAGACCCCCACAACCGCUUGCGGAUGUGAGGAUAGUCCCUCAACGCAGACCCAGACAACCGUCCGACUAUCACUGACCCGAGCCAUCGACCAAUACCCACUCCUUCUUUCACUCUUCCACUUUUUGUUCUCGUACCUUGAUGCACUGCUCUCACUUUUUCUUUUUUUUCCCGCACAUAUCCUAACUGUUACAUUUUCUCACUUCCUCUAGUGGCAAAUCACUGUCUCUACCUCAUUCUCGUUCUGCUUGUUUCCACACCUUUUUGGCAUCUGCCAUAAUUGUAAAAUAGUCGUAUUUAUUUGCAGGAUUUUUUGGUAUUCAGUUGAAUCUUAGUUCGGUUGUGUGUCAGUUACCUUACUGUAGCAUUGCACAGAGGUCUAGCAGCAUGUGUUAGUGUGUAAAUGCAAGUAUCGAGCACUAGCUAAUUUGUCGAUGUACAGUAUAUCACAGAGUAUUAUAACUUUGAUAUGCAUGCUGAGGAUGCUUGUUGUUUUCUUUGUAUGGGAGGUCGGGGACUUUGUGUUUUGGGUCUGACCUUGAAUGUUGCUGCCUUGUCUCUGUGCAUCAGAGGCGUGCUGACCCAGUGGACAACUUUACUGUACAUUUUGUCACAAUCAAGUGCCUGGGAAUUGUAGUUGAAAGCCUGGCAACCCAACAGCUCCGGAAAGCAGAGCCAGUUCAGGAUGGGCAGUCAUAGCAGUUGUAGUUUUCCUUUGUAAAAAGAAAAUAAUACUAAAAACUAAACUUACACCUCUGUCCAUAAGGUAGCAAUAUACUCCGUGGGUGUUUGGGCUGUCAGUUUGUGCUAAUUGCUUGUAAAUAGUGUGUAACAAUAUGAGCUGAUGCAGUGUAACCUGGCAGUGAAAGUUGUGGAUCUCUCUCAAUGACCUUUGACUGUGACAUAGAGAGGGACUUUACACCUUAUUUUCGAAGCUGAUGUUGCUCACAGCAGAACAAAGGGCUGUUCUGAAAACGAGAUCCAAAUGAGUUUUAAUGGAGAAAGCUUUGUGCCAUUCUGUCCUGCAUUUUGACAUUUUGUGAAAACUGAAUGCAGACAACCUUAAAGUAUUUUGUAUUAUUUUUGCAACAGAGCUUAAGUACUUUAAGCUGAACCAUAUUUGUCAUACACAUAUAGCUUUGUGCGUACAUUUUCUAUUACGAUUGUGCAUUAAUGUCGAGACUUUGGAUCAAAUUUUGUUAUUAAAUGACCCAAUGACACACACAGGUGGAUAAAUUUGACACUAAUGGAACAAAGUACCGUUAUUGGUAGGCACACAAAUGAUUUUGUGAGUAUAAUUUUGGCAAAUCCAAAAUACAUUGUCUGACUUUAUUAGAGCUGCUAUCAGUGAUUUAAAUUUUAUUUAUUUUAUUUAAUCGAUUAAACAAUUUUGUGUGAAAAAUGGCCAUCACAAUUUCCCAGAGCUCAAGUUGACAUAUUUUAAUGUCUGGUUUUGAUGCAUUUUUGCUUUAAAAUAUUAGAUUUACUGAACAAUUAAUCGACUAAUUGUUGUAGCCCUAGAUUUUAUUCAGUGAUGCCAUUAAGUCAGUGAAUAAGACGGGAAGGGCCCCAGAGGACUAUUCUAAUCAAUUCAUCCCUGAAAUGAGCAGAUAUUUUUGUGGUACUGUGGCAGGUUAUCAUUUUGAGGAUUGCUGAAAUAGAACAACAGUAGUUGUUUCCAUGCUGGAUGUUUCUCUCUGCUGUAUCGUUCUUGAUUAAUGGUUUGUGGUUAAACAGGAGUUUGACAGCAUUAAGACGCAUAAAGUCUUAAAAAUACGUAAUAUUAAAAGGGUACUAGUGAAUGAAUGUGUUACAUUUAACUUGUAGCCUGGAACUGAAGUUUUAGUGAUCUCCUUCGAGUGCGGAGUACAGCAGCUGUUAAUGCGGGUUUAACAGGAAGCGUUGACAGGGUGUCACUGUGGCAACACUGUGUUGAUAUGGACAGAAGCCAGGAAACACUCAUAACAUGGCGACGUAGUUUAAUGGUUGUGCGGUUCAUCCUCUCUGUGAGCCAGAAAAGUGCAUGUAUGCAAAAUGGAUGCAAGAGGCUGGUAACAGGGUUAAAGAAGAGAGUGACAGAAAUCGAUGAUAAGAGAGAAAUAUGAGGAUAGUUAGGCCUGUGUGUGUGUGUGUGUGUGUGUGUGUUGGGGAUGAUACAGAGGUGGAAGGAAGAGUCAACAAUUAUCUUCUGCUGUGCAGGAACUUCUUGAAAGUGUUUUUUUAUUAAUCAGACAUGCCUCUUGACACCACACAUCGGCCAGGAAAUGAUUUGUUCUUUCCACCAUUUUAUACAUUUUAUUUGUGUUGUCAUUGAAUUAUAUUUUGUAGAGGGGAAACAAUGAAGUAAAAAAAUGAUUUGCACUCUGUCCACUGAGAAUGUUUUAUUAUUUUGCUAUGAUAUUUGUUUUGUCUAACAGCUGCUUUUCUAUUAUUUACCGUAUGUUUUGGAGGGUUGUGGAAAACUGGGCAAAUUCAUGUCAGUUUAAUGAACCUCGAAUUCAUGUUCAGUAGAAGUUAAGUUGGUUCAUUGAUGUUACUUUGUAAAGAAUUAAUUCCACAUCACAGCUGAGAGGGAUAAAAGCCCUUUCAUACUGUUGUACCAUCUUAUCAUUUUACCAUUCAGGUACUUUGUAUGUAUGUUCGCAUCAAAGUGCUGUCUGAAUGCUGUUGCCAUGAUGUCUACAGAGCAUGAAUUAUCUUCCACUGAUGGCGAAAAAAUAAAAAAUAUAUAUAUAUAUACAUGCAGGAUUAUGCGCCACUGUUCUUCAACUGACACAUUAAAUAAUGUGAAAACUGCAAAUGCUGAUAUAGGUUUUGGUGUUUGCCUACUGCUCUGCUGGUAUGUGUUCCCUCUCUGUUCUCUGAAUGGUGACUUGUAAUGGGCUUUGAUCAUUGGAAAUCUUGUCUGAAGUAGCUGACCAAAGAGGCCUGCUGUGCUUUGUGUUUUCAGACAGUCCACUCGAUCUUUAUACUGCAAAUUUUCUCUGUGUGUGAUUGUGCGCCUGCAAGUGCAUAUGAAUGUGUGUACUUGUGUGUGUGUGUGUGUGUGUGCGAGCAAAAAGAGAGAAAGGGAGACAAUGUGUUCUCUCUCUCCUUUCCUCCAUGUUGCAGGUAUUGACUGUUUACAUCUGUGUAAAUAUACUCUCACCUGUUCAUGUGCGUGCAACGGUCAAUAAACAGAAGCCUGUGCUUUUGAUUAAAGCCCUCGCUGUAAUUGCCUCCUCA